AUGACCUGGUUGACAAUCUUUGAAUGCAGACCAUGUCAAGCCAAGAACCUUUCUUGCUUCCCAUUUUCACACAAAUUAACUCAUUCAAGCCUCCAUAAUCGAAUCAUUCUUCGUGAAUUAGCUUAGCUUACUUAUCAAGCCACGCUCUGGUUCUUAUUCUUCCACGAUCAAUAAAGUCUUCAUUUUUUAUCAGUGGCUCAGAUUCUUAUUGUACACCAAAUGUUUGUCAAAAUGCCUCACUCAGACUCCUUGUAAUUAACCUUCACCUGUUUUUAGUUUGGAGCUCAAUACUUACUUCAAUUCCUUCAUUUUAUUGAUUCUUAACAAACAUCACAAUAUAAUUUUACCUGUAUAUUGCUCUUAUAAAUUUUUAGUCGUUUAUUGAAUUAGAUGGCUUUCAUUGCUGAUGCUGCUCUAGGAAUAGUCGUCGACGAACUACUCAAACUUGUAGUGAAGGUUGCAAAACAAACUAUAAACUUCAAAUCCAAUUUCAAAGUCCUAGAGAAUACUCUUAAUUCAGUUACACCCAUUUUUCUUGAAAUCGAGAAGCUAAACAAAGUUUUGGACCGGCCUAAAGAAGAAACCGCUCUGUUUAUUGAUCAGUUAAACCGUGCUAAGGAACUUGUGGCCAAGUGCAGUAAAAUUCAGUGGUGGGAAGCGUACAAGUUAUACGUUCACUCCAAAAAGUUGGAGGAAUUAGAUAGAUCAAUAUAUAGGUUUUUCAAUAUAGAAGUGCAAGGUUUUGUGGCUGUCACUAGUUUGAAGGCUGUGGCAGGUAUCAAAGAAGUUAAUGACAAAUUGGAGUUGAUACUUGAUCGUUCCAAUAUUUCUCUAAGCGGGAUUUCCAGUUGGGGCAGUGUCCCGGGGAUCCGUGAUCUGGUUAUCGGAUUCGAUGAGCCCCUUAAAGAUGUGAAGGAGAUGUUGCUGAAGGAUAAUAAGACAGUUACGGUAAUUUCAGCUCCAGGGGGAUGUGGUAAAACAACUUUGGCUAAAAUGAUCUGUCAUGAUCCUGAGAUUAAAGGGAUCUUUAAGGACAACAUACUAUUCGUGACUGUUUCAAAAUCAGCCAAUAUCAGUGUUAUUGUUCAGAAAAUGUUUAACAUUAAAUUGCCUGAAUUCCAAAAUGAUGAUGAAGCAAUUAACUACAUGGAGUUCUUGCUGAAGCAAAAAGGACCAAGUCCUAUACUGUUGGUAUUGGAUGAUGUAUGGAUUGGUUGGGAAUCUGUUAUUGACAACAUAAGCUUUACGUUACCAUAUUAUAAGAUCCUUGUUACGUCCAGAUUCUCUUUUCCAAGAUUCAGUCCUGUGUACAAUCUAAAAAUUCUGAAUGAUCAAGAUGCCAUGUCUCUUUUCAGCCACUCUGCACUUCCAAAAGAUCGGAAUUCUAGAAUUCCGCAUGAUCUUGUAGAAAAGACUGUCAGUGGCUGUAAAGGAUUUCCAUUGGCCCUGACGGUGGUUGGGAGGUCACUUUAUGGGCAUCCAGAGGUGACAUGGAGACGUGAACUAAAGAAAUGGUCCGAUGGCAAAUCUAUAUUUGAUACCAACAACGAUUUGCUUGGCCGUCUGCAAAUCAGUGUAGAUGCGUUGGAUGAAAUGGGUGGUAGUUCAUUAAAAGACUGUUGCCUGGACCUAGGAUCAUUUCCUCAAGGUCAAAGGAUUCCAGCCACCACUCUUAUGGAUAUGUGGGCAGAAGUUUACAAAAUGGAUUAUGAGGACUUAGAUACCUACAGCAAUCUUGUUGAACUAGCAUUCAGGAAUCUUGUUAACAUUGUCUGCACAAGGCAAUCAGUGCAUGAAGUGGAUGGAUACUGCAGUGAAAACGAUGUCAUCCAGCAUGACUACCUUAGAGAUCUGAUUAUCCACCAGACUAACCGAGAACCUGUAGAACAUAGAAAAAGGUUAUUUAUUGAGAUAACAGGCAAUGACUUUUCAAAGUGGUCGACUAUAGGAAUGUACCAAACAGUAAAUGCACGCCUCAUUUCAAUUUCGACAGAUGAAAAUUUCUCCUCUAGCUGGUUUGACUUGACUCUCCCUGCAGCCGAGGUUGUAAUACUGAAUUGUCGUUCAAGUCUUUACACCGUACCACAGUUUAUUGAUAAAAUGAAUAAGCUGAAGGUUCUGGUCGUCACAAACUAUGGAUCUUCCUUCUCUAAGCUCAACAACUUUCAGCUUCUUGGAAGUUUAUCCAAUCUGAGACGAAUCAGAUUAGAACGAGUUUCAUUUUCUUCUAUCAAUACAUUCUUACCUGAGCUGUUGAGCUUGCAGAAGAUAUCCUUUACCAUGUGUGAGAUCGGCAAGGCAUUUAUGAAUGGUUCCAUUGACCUAUCACUCGUCUUCCCCAAUCUCCUGGAAAUUGAGAUCGACUGUUGUGACGACUUGGUGGAAUUGCAUGUUGGGGUUUGUAAUAUUGUUAGUCUUAAGAAGAUUAGCAUCACCUACUGUAAUGAGCUAUCUAAACUGCCAGAUGAAAUCGGGAGGCUUGUGAAUCUUGAGGUGCUAAGGCUCAGUUCAUGUACGAAGCUAUUAGAGUUGCCAGAGUCAAUGGUGAACCUCCAUAAAUUAGCAUAUCUUGAUAUAUCUGAUUGUUUAAGCCUGAGCAAAUUGCCCGAGAGAGUGGGGGAGUUGAUGGGUUUAAGAAGGAUCAACAUGAGAGGUUGUGAGGGAUUAUCUGACCUACAUCAGUUGCCCCUGUCUGUAAAAAAUCUUAGGCUUUUGGAGAAGGUGAUAUGUGACGAAGGUGCGAGUCAUCUUUGGAAACAAUAUCAGAGUCAUCUGAAAAAUCUACAUGUUGAAGAGGUAAAAGAAGAUGCAUUUGAAAGCCUUAUGAGGGUUAUCUCCCCAAUUCAGCUCCCAUGACAGUUGACACAACUUAAAGCAGUGUGCACUGAGCACGGUUUAUGCUUCCUUUGCUAUAAUUCAGCAUCAUUGUAAUUGACAUUUAUAUUUCGGCAUAGAAAUGAGCAAACUGUCAGACUGCACUGCAGAACAGUAGCAGCUUAUUCAGGGGUCAUUAGUUGAAUUUC